CGCCGUAACAAACACUGAAUUCUACUUAACUCGCCUCGGUCUGACACUCUCACCCGCAAAAUCGGUAGUACUAAGCAGUGCGCGACAUCAGACAUACAAAUUCGCAAUGAACAUUCGAGCAGGCGGAGCAACAAUUCCAAUUCGAAAACAUGCGACUUACCUUGGGGUGACGCUGGACAGGGGGCCCACAUGGAGCCCCGCAGUCCGCGAUGUAAUCCAAAAAAUGAAGCGGCACUUAAACGUAAUCCGAAUGCUCGCGGGAACACGACGCGGAGCAUCGCAAGCUAUGCUUAUCACACUGUACAAGGGGCUCAUACUCUCACGUGCCCUCUACGCACUGCCACUACUCAAACUCUCACCCAAACACUGGGCACAACUGGAGAUGGCACAGCGCACGGCACUCAGGGUGUGUCUCGGCGUUCCACGCGGAGCAAGCUCACGCCACACACUGAACGAGACCGGAGUGACAACGGUGAGGCUCGCCGCCGACGAGCGAGCAAUGAGACACCUGAUUCGGUUGGGCAACACGCACAACACAGGGCUGCCAGAGCGAAUCUGGGCACGCACCCAAUCGCACCUUUCUACACUUGCCAGAGAACUUCACAGACUGGCAGGCAGCCCUGGCCCGAACCCAAGACCGCCGCCGCCGAGCGAGCCACCACCACUCCGCGUCGAACUCGAUGCAGGCCUCGGGGGCCCGAAGAACAGGCUGGCACCAUCGGUGGCCAGACAACUGGCAGAAGGGCACUUAGAAGAGCAAUUCCGGGGCUGGGCGAGGUGCUACACGGACGGGUCGGUUGACCCCGAUGCACACACAGCCACUGCCGCAGUUGUGGCAGCGGACCUUGGAUCCAGCGCGGCAGAGCGUCUCUCCUUCUUCUCGUCGUCGACGACAGCAGAACUUGCAGCCCUGCGGCUUGCCCUCUCCGUGGCCGAGGCAGAGAGCACGCCUGGAAGUCUGGUACUGCUCAGUGACUCCAAGGCGGCGCUGACCCAGCUGGCUAACCUCGACCGAGCAACCCCGCUCGGCCGAGAAGUCGGGAACACGGCGAUACUCAUGCAGCGCCGAGGCUGGACCCUUGCUUUCCAGUGGCUGCCCGCCCACUGCGGCAUCCGGGGAAACGAGGCUGCAGACCGCUUGGCCACCACGGCCCAGCGUGACGAGGCCUUCCCCACUUCAAGCGUGGCUGCUUUUUCCGACGCACGGCUCCUGGUUGCGCGGUCCAUCCGCAUGCGCCAUCCCGAGCUCGAGCACGGCCCCAUACCGCCCAGACUCCCGAAGAACCUGCCAAGAAAAGUCGCCGCAGUUAUGCACAGACUUCGCACGAAAAGUACCUUCUCCCCGACCAACCUGGCUCGCUGGAAUGGAAGUCGAGACAGCCCCUGUCCGCUCUGCCGAGAGGCAGACGCGGACGACAGCCACCUUGUACUCCGAUGUCGCCCGCUCGCCCGCGAGCGCACGGAACUGCGGCGGAGAUACGCCGCCCUGGGAUGCACCACGGACACCUUGGAGGACGUCGUCAGACCGAGAGGACCUGCGGCAGAGACAGCGCUAAAGGCCCUGGCAAAAUUCCUGGUGGAAACACGCCUGGAAAAUAACUUGUAAACCACCGACGAGCACGGAGAUCGCGGAGACGGCGCGCUUCGCUGCAAGGAGAGGACUG